CCCAUCCAUAAUUAUCCCAAACACAAGGCAGUUGAAGGAUUAUUGGUCAGCGCAAUCGUGUCAUUUCUUAUUUCUGCUAGGCGAAUCCAACCGCUGAGCCAUGGAGGAUCCUGAGCCGUUCAGCCCGGGCUCCGAGGACAGGCACUCCGGGAGCAAGAGAAAGGCCGACAGUAGCGGACAACAGCAGCGGGCGAAGAGGAACCGAUAUAUUUCCAUCGCAUGCAAUGAGUGCAAGCGAAGAAAGAUCAAAUGCGAUGGCAAGACUCCAUGCCAGAGAUGCGGAAACCUGAGUCUCGAUUGCGUGUAUGCGCCGAAUUGUUGCACUAACUUCAAAGACACCGAGGACUUCAAACGAAUGCAAACGAACAUCGAUACCCUCCAACAACAAGUCAACACCCUUUUCACCAACCUCACAUCUCUCCGCGACAGCGUCGAAACGAGCUUCAAUACCCUCGCCACCAACCCCGUUUUCUCCCAGCCCGUCGACCAGCGUGCGCUCCCUCUUCCCAGCCUCCCUUCGCCCUCGCCGAACCCCCCUCCCUCCCACAAGCAGCGCUUCCGCGGCCCCACUUCCUCCGCCUACAAUCUCGGAGUGGCCAAUUCGAGCCUCCAGGGCAUGGGUAUCGGCGCGUCGGAUGAGGCGCUCGAGGAGGCGGGGAUCACACAGGACGAGACUCCGAGGGCUAGUCCACACCCGCGGCAUGCGAAGUCCGCGAUGCCGAUGGGCAAGGACCCGUUGUGGCUUCUCACGCGGGAGGAAGCGGUGCGGUUGGUGAGGGUAUGGCAGGAGGAGAUUGGGGUCAUGUACCCCGUCCUCGAUGUGACGCAAACGCUGCAGCAUGCGAACAACGUCUAUCAAUUCCUGGAGGCGGCGGUGAAGACGGGGUUCAGCACGACGGGGUGGACUGGGCCCGACGCUCUCGUUGAUCCCGAGACGAUAUUGUUGAAAGUGGUGCUAGCCACCACACUCAUGCUGGACAGUUCUGGAAAGAGUGACAUUGGCAAGAAGUUGUAUGACAGCAUUGCUUGCUAUAUCGAGGAGCAAUUGACGUCCAGCGCGAGCCUCCACAAUGUGAGGAUGUUAGCUGUUGCAGCCAUGUAUCACUUCCACCGGGACGAUGAGUGCCUGGCAUGGCGUAUCGUCGGGGUUGCGGUGAGACUGUGCUUCGAACUUGGCCUACAUCGAACCGAAACGUACCACAAGCAGAUGACUACCUAUCCUGAGAGAGCUGUUGCAACCCGGGUUUUCUGGUCAAUGUACGUGCUGGAUAAGCGAUGGAGCUUCGGUUGCGGAUUACCAUUUGCGAUGCAGGAUUUCGAUGUUGAUCCCCGGGUUUUACAACCGGAUGGGCCUCCGUACUUAUUGGCCAUGAUCGAUUAUAGCAGGAUUGGUUCGAAGAUCUGGCGCUCGAUCACGAAUUGGGAUGGAGCGAAAGCGACUUUCAAUGAACGCGAGAUGGGAUAUCUUGACUACGAAAUUCUGGAAUGGCAUCGCUCCCUCCCGGAAUCUUUGAAAUAUCUGCCACCCGCUGCAAUACCGCAAAGCGACCGCUACAGUCGCGUUAGUCGCAGGCUCAGAAUCAUCCUUCUCCUUCGCCGGAACCAGAUGCGUAUUCUCAUCUAUCGACCGAUCCUGCACAACACAGCAAGCAUCAAGGACAAUAUCCGCCACGCCGACACCGUUGUCGAUAUUGCCAAAGAAUCCCUCCGCAUCCUCACCGAGAUGAGCCAGAAGACCGAGCUUUAUAGCAACGGAAAAGUGUUGUUCAACUACUUCCUCAUCUCCGCCGUCGCCGUCCUCAUCCUCGCCGUGUGUCACGCCCCGCAGCAAUAUACAAGCCAAGUCCGUGACGAAUUCAACAUGGCGGUCGACCUCAUCAGGGGAUUCUCCGCUAAUUCCGGUGCUUCCAAGCGUCUGUGGAAGACCCUUCGCAACGUGAAAGAGGCUUCCCCAAAGCUCGGUCUUAACCUCAGCUCACGCUCCGGCGCCGGAAACCAAGCAAGCGAUCCUCAUUCAGACGCUGCUGUCGCUAUGGCCGGCCUCGCAGGCCACCCGAUGAACCACGCGUCCAUGCUUUCGACCAAUCUAGGGAUGGCCUCACAAGCUAGCAGCAAUUCCGGGAUGGGCAACGCGGUCGGGGCGAACGGCAUGGAAAACAGUCCGAAUGGCAUGGCGAACGAUCUGACGGAUUUGUUCGAGGCAGCGGGCGGGUAUUCCGGGCUGGCGCAGAACGGAGAGUUCUCGAGCAUGGUGCAACCGCCGGGGGAGAUGGGCCAGCCGCAGGGGACUACUUUGGACCGGCCUGGAUUCAUGUUCGGGCAGGAAGAGGAGGAUUUGUCGAAUAUUUUAAGAGAUCUCUUCUAGUUCAAUGUCAUUUUUGUUUGUCUAUCCGUACGCGGAUCAUUGGAUGCACUGUUUCUGGUAUCGGCUUGGUCUCUUCCACUGCAAAUUCUCGCUCCCUUAUUCCUUCACAAGUAUCUAACCGCUUAGCACCCAAUUUCGAUAUGCGUUCUUGUUGCAGUGGAGACGCUUUGCGCCCUUCCGUGUGACCGCACAGAAACUCUUUCACAACUUCCACACGGCGUCUAGUCCGCUACACUUUGAGGAAUUCAAUAAUCUUCUCCAGUGCUACGAAGUCACCUUCGACGGUCCCAGCAAGCUCCUGCGUCGGCCAUCCAUCGGUCCAUCCCCCUCCGAAGUCGAUAACUCAGGCAUCAUCGUCGUCCUUGUCAAUAUAAUAGUCCCUGCUUUCCCGUCG